ACUGCGGCGACGAAACCAUCAGAGCCGCAAUCCGUGUGUGUGGCCUCGUGUGUUUACACGAAGGCUACGGGCCGUCGAGUCUCGGGAGGAGAUCGCCCGAGACGACGACGACUACGACGAAGACGACCCCCUGGGGGCUUUGGGCAGUGGACGUCCCAGAGACGCGCGUCUUCUGAUCCACGUGGUGCCAAUUUCGCCGUUCAUUGUUGACGCCACCACCGCCUCCGCUGUCGUCUCCGUCGUCUCUUUCUCUCUUGCAUUGACGAGCUCGGCGCACAGAAUUCUACAAGGUGUUGGUGGUGGUGGUGGGUGGUAGAAUGUUAAUGACGAUGGCUGCAGCGCGGUCCGAACGUGCCCGGGUUUGAUGACUUUCCGCGCACGUGUUGGUGCGUGCGUGUGCCGCCGGGCCGGCGGUCGUGUAGCGGUGGAAGCGCUGCGAGACUGGCGAUUCACCGCCAAUAUCGGUGGCGAUUAUCUGAACCGGGCCUCGCCUACGUCAACUCGGCCUCAAGUGAGUACAGUACCCCGGUGCGACGUUGCAAACACCCCAGGGAGACAAAGGCGGCCUGCCCGUGGUGGUGGUGGUGGUGACGACCUCCCUUGUGCACCCGCUGAUUUGCAAAGCCCAGAGGAGGAGGGGGUGGUGCAUCGAUUUAUUUUCACCUUCCGUUGAAUAUUGAAGGAAUGAUCGUAUUUUUGGACGUAAUAAUACUUUUGCAUUGACUUUCUCGAAGACCUCGUUCAGCACGUCUCUCCAGGGAUGAUUGGAACUGAAGUGAUAAGAAGAAGACAACUUGCUGGGUGCUUAGAGCUCCAUCGUGACGCUCUUUGAAGGGUCGUUGGACUUGAAACAUAAAAGAAAAGUUGGAAUACGACGAGGAGGGGGGGACGUAUCAGAAAGAGACUUAAACUCUGGAAGUGAAUAAGAACAAGAAAACCGAAUAUUUUUUAAGGGGGAGGACACAUUAUUCUACAUGACAAGAAGACCGUGCAUUGCUUUUCGAAUGUUGACAACGGAGAUCUUCAGGACAUUGGGAAGAGAGGCCACCAGAAGAGAUGCCCCUUUUAGAUGCUUUCUGCGACGUCUGUCCUAAGCCGUGGAUCAUGGGAUGCUGGGGUCAGUUCAAGAGGAUGUUGAACCGGGAGCUUACCCACCUCUCAGAAAUGAGUCGAUCUGGCAAUCAAGUUUCCGAGUUCAUCUCCAGCACCUUCUUGGACAAGCAGCAUGAGGUGGAACUUCCGGCGCCGACGACGACCAAAGAGAAGGAGAAGAAGAAGUCGCGACAGCCCAUGUCGCACAUCAGCGGAGUCCGCAAGCUCACACACAGCUCGAGCCUCACGCACGCCUCCAUCCCGCGCUUUGGCGUCAAGACCGACCAGGAGGACACGCUGGCCAUGGAGCUGGACGAUGUCAACAAGUGGGGGCUGAACAUCUUCCACGUGGCCGAGUUUUCGCAAAACCGACCGCUCACCGUCGUCAUGUACGCCAUCUUCCAGGAGCGGGAUCUGCUGAAGACGUUCCGCAUCCCCGUGGACACGUUCAUCACGUACAUGAUGACGCUGGAGGACCACUACCACGCGGACGUCGCCUACCACAACAACCUGCACGCCGCUGACGUGGCGCAGUCUACGCACGUGCUGCUCUCCACGCCCGCACUCGACGCCGUGUUCACCGACCUCGAGAUCCUGGCGGCCAUCUUCGCGAGCGCCAUUCACGACGUUGAUCACCCCGGAGUGUCCAACCAGUUCCUCAUCAACACCAAUUCGGAGCUGGCGCUGAUGUACAACGACGAGUCGGUGCUGGAGAACCACCACCUGGCCGUGGGCUUCAAGCUGCUGCAGGAGGAGAACUGCGACAUCUUCCAGAACCUGAGCAAGAAGCAGCGGCAGACCCUGCGCAAGAUGGUCAUCGACAUGGUUCUGGCCACAGACAUGUCCAAGCACAUGAACCUCCUGGCUGACCUCAAGACGAUGGUGGAGACCAAGAAGGUGACGUCCUCAGGUGUUCUCCUGCUGGACAACUACACCGACAGGAUACAGGUCCUGCAGAACAUGGUGCACUGCGCCGACUUGAGCAACCCCACCAAGCCGCUGGACGUCUACCGCCAGUGGACGGAGCGCAUCAUGGAGGAGUUCUUCCGGCAGGGCGACCGGGAACGCGAGCGCGGCAUGGAGAUCAGCCCCAUGUGCGACAAGCACAGCGCCUCCGUCGAAAAGUCACAGGUCGGCUUCAUCGACUACAUUGUGCACCCGCUGUGGGAGACGUGGGGCGACCUCGUGCACCCGGACGCCCAGGACAUCCUCGACACGCUGGAGGACAACCGCGACUGGUACCAGAGCAUGAUCUCCGACACGCCCUCCCCACCGCCGACCCACAAAUCCCCCAUGAUGCCCGGGUCGGGCGAUGGCGGCGGCGGCGGUGGCGGCGGCGGUGGACCCGGUAGUGGCGGAGGUGGCGGUGGUCACUCCCUCGAGCCUGGGACCAACUCGACCGCGGUGGUGUCGACGGCGGGCACCGCCUCGCCGUCCGUCAUCAGCAUGCUGUCCACGCCGGCGACGACGACCGACCGCUUCCAGUUCGAGCUCACGUUGGAGGAGGAGGAGGAUGGCCACGUCGGGGAGGACGAGGAGGCGGAGGACGAGGAGGAGGAUGACGAGGACAUUGACUCGGACGGGACAGAGCGUGGCAGCAGCUACGGCGGCGGCGGCGGCCGGAGGGCGACACGUGCCGCCGUGUGCGGGAGGAAGUCCAUCGCGAUGGCCAGCGGACCGUGCGGGAGGUCGGCGAGCGUCUCCGACUCGGCGCAGUCGGACACGACGCUGUCUUGCGACAGCUCUCCCGACACGUAGUAGCGGCCGCGGGGCCCCCCCCCACUCCCGGCGACUUGCAACCCCGAACCCCCCGCCCCGACAAGCGUCGAAAACCAAACGACCGAGAACCCACUGACGUUGUAGUCGUCGUCGUUGCUGUGGCCGCCGCCGCCGUUGGGGCCGCCGUUGAGCCGACGCGAUCGCCGUGGCUUCUGGAGUCGCCUCGCCCGCCUUGGCACGAGGGGAGGAGCGCGGGGGUCCCUUCUCGUGGUUCUGUCGCGGCCCGACCAUCGUCCCGACGGUCGCGCGACGUGGCCAGGAGUGAAAUUGAAGGCCCUCUUUUGUGAACGCUCGCCCCGGCACGGUUGGCUUGUGACCACGUCGGAUGACAAGAGCGGGAAGAUGAGGAGGAAGUGAAGGAGAGAGCGAAGAGAUGUUUUGUACAGUUUACCCAUACCCUCUGUAUAAACUCCACCGAUGACACAUCGAGUUCCUUGGUUUCCUUUGAAACUGGACGUUACACUUUUUACCUUUUAAGUUCACGGUAGCUGUGAGCAUGCUACCACGUUUGCAAUAACUUAAGACACGUAUUCUUUAUUUUUAGCUUUUGCUGUCGAUCUCUCAUGCCGAGGUCACCGAAGUGAGAUCUUUUGAUUAUCUUCUGUUCUCCUCCCACAAAUGACUGAGUGUACGUUGUGUCCCUCGCGACAACGCAAGACGUUUUUGUGUGUUCACAAAACAAACGUAUGGUAUGUUGUACUACCACGGCCCUCCAGACAGCAGAGCGAUGGGAAAGUAUUAACGGGAACGGUAGGCUACCAGUUGACGUCCACCAAGUAUUAAGAAAAAUCUGCCUGCUCCUCUUUCCGACUGGUCAUAGCUCGCUUGAUAUCGCAUUACUUAAGUUCCAUCGUUCCUUACCCCCCAUCCACCUCGUUAAUAAUGCAAAGAGAAUGACCUAAGUACCAAAACGGAUUGCAUUUUUUGCUGUUGUACUGAUCUGAAUGAGUUGAUCUGUCUUCCAUCUAUCUAAUCUUGGCAACAUGUCGAUUCCAAUCUACAUGAUUAAAUUCACUACGACAAGUGCG